AUGGCUGGCUUCAUUCAAAAAGGCGCCAAAAACAUUCUGUCCAAGCAGCCGAACGACGUCGUCUUCCUGUCAGCACUACGAACCCCAGUCACUCGUGCAAAGAAGGGAGGAUUCAAGGACGCUUACGACCAUGAGUUGCUCGCACACGUCCUCAAGGCCACUCUCGAGGCCAACCCCAACCUAGACCCCGCCAAGAUUCAGGACAUUCAAAUAGGCAAUGUUCUUUCAGAACUUGGUGGCAGCAAGGCAGGUAGAAUGGCUGCAUUGCAUGUGGGAUACCCAGAAACGGCCUCGUUCCAGACUGUCAAUAGAGCAUGUUCAAGCGGCCUUGCUGCCAUCACUGGUAUUGCUCAUUCCAUUGCUGUCGGCAGCAUCGACAUUGGCAUUGGUGGUGGUAUGGAGAGCAUGACCAGAAAUUACGGCAGCCGAGCCAUUCCUACACAGCUCUGGGACGAGCUCAAGAACACAUCCGUCAAGGACGCCAAGGACUGCAUCAUGUCCAUGGGUCUCACCGCCGAGAACGUGGCCGAGCGAUAUGGAGUCUCAAGAGCAGACCAGGACGCCUUUGCCGCCAACUCGCACCAAAAGGCAGCCAAAGCGCAAAGAGAUGGAUUGUUUGACAGGGAAAUUGUUCCUGUAAAGACAAGAUGGCAUCCCAACCCGGAGACUCCUGAGGUUACCGAGGAGAUUACCGUGAGCAAGGAUGACGGAAUCCGACCUAAGAGCACUCCCGAAAGUCUCCAGGGAAUGAAGCCUGCUUUCAAGCCUGACGGUACCGCCACUGCCGGAAACAGCAGUCAAGUCUCUGACGGUGCAGCUGCCACAUUGAUGAUGAGAAGAAGCACAGCCACCCAGCUCGGUCUCGAGAAGAACAUUAUUGGCAAGUGGGCAGGUACUCAGGUCGUUGGUUGCAAGCCCGACGAGAUGGGAAUUGGUCCUGCUAUCGCUAUCCCUAAGCUGCUCGAGUACACUGGAAUCUCCGUAGCCGAAGUCGGCAUCUGGGAGAUCAACGAAGCAUUCGCCAGUCAGGCCAUCCACUGUAUCCGUACUCUUGGCAUCUCAGAAGACAGGGUGAACCCCAAGGGUGGUGCUAUCGCCCUUGGCCAUCCCUUAGGAGCUACUGGAGCAAGACAGCUUGCCACCCUUCUGCCAGAGAUGGAGAGACAAGGCCAAGAAAUUGGUGUCAUCUCUAUGUGCAUUGGUACGGGCAUGGGCAUGUCUUCUCUUAUCGUAAGAGAGUAG